AGGCAACUGGGGGUGAUGUAGCCGAAUAGUCCAAAAUUCUCAAAUAAAACCUAGGCCAGAGUAUGUAAAGAAGCAACCCUCGCUCAGGAAAAGAGGCGUAGACAAACGGAGCUGAGCAGAGACGAUCAAAAUGUCGAAGCGAGGAAGGGGAGGUAGUGCGGGGAACAAGUUCAGGAUGUCGCUGGGUUUACCCGUGGCGGCGACGGUUAACUGCGCAGACAACACGGGAGCCAAGAACCUCUACAUCAUUUCAGUGAAAGGAAUCAAAGGGCGUCUCAAUAGGCUUCCAUCGGCUUGCGUCGGCGACAUGGUCAUGGCCACUGUCAAGAAAGGGAAGCCCGAUUUGAGGAAGAAGGUGUUGCCAGCUGUCAUCGUCCGACAACGCAAACCUUGGCGUAGAAAGGACGGCGUCUACAUGUACUUCGAAGAUAAUGCUGGUGUCAUUGUCAACCCCAAGGGAGAAAUGAAAGGAUCUGCUAUCACUGGUCCCAUUGGAAAGGAAUGUGCUGAUCUGUGGCCUAGAAUUGCAAGUGCUGCCAAUGCUAUUGUCUGAAAGAUUUUCAUGGUUUUGUCUGUGGUUGUAGUUUUGAUGUUAUCUUUCUAUGAUUUUCCUUAUUAACAUGAUUUGAGAGAUUUUGAUCAAACAGUUGUAAGUAUUACAAGUGUUUUAGCAUGCUUACAACUUUUUCAGCCUAAGUAGAAACAACAAAAUCCUCCCAAUGUGAUGCUUUGGAGCAUUACAUGUUCCACCGCUAUACCAAUUUGCAUAAAUCACAUGAUUUUCCUCAUCCGACUAGCCUUAGAAAUUGGGGACCGUUUAGUAGUUGAUUGUUGCCAUCCUCUGUGUUGACUCCCAUAGAUCCGCCUACAUUCUUGCAAAACCUGAGGAGAUUUUGUUAUGGAGUGAUUGGCUCGUGGUGCAUAGAUCAUUUUGUUAUGUCACUCUUAUUUUAUUGUUUACUAGUUUGUUGCUCGUGGGAUGCAUGAAUUAAUUUUAUUUA